AUGGAGGGGCCCCCUGGGGCCCCCUACCUGUUGGGGCCCCCAGGGGGCCCCCUGGGGGCCCCCCUCGGGGCUCCCCUUGGGGCCCCCCUGGGGGCCCCCCUGGGGGGCCCCCUGGGGGGCGAGGAGCAGGGGCCCCUGACUCCGGGGGGCCCCCAAGCCUUACGAGACUUGCAUAUAGAGGGAACGGCUUUGGUGCAGCAGCUGGCGAAGGCCCACGGCAUAGAGGAGACAGCAGCAAGAGGAGAAGGCCCAGCACUAUCAGAAGGAGCAGCAAAACUCAUUUAUGCUGCGGUUGAGGGCAGGCUUCUUCAGCUGCUGUCUCUUUCCCUCAAGCUCUCCCGGCGCAGCGCUCGAGUUGCUGGGGGCGGCGUUUUGUGCGUCUCUGACAUAAAGGAAGCCAUGAGGAUAUUGAAUUUCAAGCCUGCGUUGGGGUACGAUGGCUUCACCUGCUGCCGCUAUAUGGCGUUGCCUCGGCCUUGGGGCUCCAGCAGAUUGCUGCGGAGGGAGAAGGCGAGGCCUAGCAAUUUGCUGCUGAUGCUGCAGCAGCAGCAGCAGCACCUCGAUCAGCAGCUGCAGCAGCACUUGAAAAACCGCAUGCAGCAACAGCAGCAGCAGCAGCAGCAGCAGCAAGAAGAUGAUGAUCCUUUCUUGUGCGGCCCUGCACUCGCCGCUGCGCGUGCUGCUUCUCCUGCUCCUCUUUCGAGCAGCAACAACAGCAGCAGCAGCAACAGCAGCAGCAGCAGCAGCAGCAUACGCUGGGAAGAGACAGUAGAUGUGGAGGAGUUAGUAUUCAGCGAUUUGCUGCUGCCCCCUCCUCAGCCACCAGUCUUAGGAGUGCAUUGGCUUGCUGUUGAUGGUGUAUCUCCUGCAGUGCCUCAGAACGAGGCCCCCCCGUGGGCUGUCCUUGCUGCUGCUGCUGCUGCUGCUGCUGGUGGAGGUGGAGACACUGCAGCAGCAGCAGCAGCAGCAAAGGAUGGAAGGCUCCACGCAGGUCAAGGAAUCGACGGCAAGACGCCGCGCUCAGCAGCAGCAGGAGCAGCAGCAGCAGCAGGGAUGACUCCCUCUGCUGCAGCAGCACAUGGGGCCAGCAACAACUUCGCACUGCGUCUGUACACCCGACAACAGCAGCAGCAGCAGCAACAGCAGCAGGAAGAGGAGGAAGCAGGUGCAGAAAUGCUGCCAGUGGAGGAGCUGCUGGUGGCGCCCAAGGUCAACUGCGUUCUUGGGAAGAGAGACAGAAGAAAGAGAGAGACACCUUUAACAGAGACACGCAUCAAGACAAACAGAGACAGAGGAGACAGAAGGAGCAGCAGCAGCAGCAGCAGCGGAAGCAGCAGUAGCAGCAAGAAGCAGACCCAAAGAGACAGACGAAGGAGACAGAGGGCGACAGAGACAAGACGAGAGACAGAGAUAGAAAGCAUUCUGCCGAUCUAUCAGCAUUUGCCUCACCGCGCGUCGCUGCUGCUGCAGCUGGGUGAGGCGGUGCUGCAGAAUCCCCACACCCCAAUCCACGCUUACGUACAUCAAUUUGCGCUCCCGUUGAUAGACUGUCUCCUUGCCCCUUUACCUGAGCUGUCUCCUCCUUCUUUAUCUUCUGCAGCAGCAGCAGGUGGCGCAGCAACAGGUCCCUCAGCCGCAGCAGCAUCUGGUGCAUCAGCAGCAGCAGGGGGAGCAGCAGCAGCAGCAGCAGCAGCAGCAAGAGGUGAGGGCUUAUGCAUAGCCUUUACCCCACAGCAGCUGCAUCUGCGGCGACGAGCAGCAGCAAUUCUUUCAGGUCUAUUUAAACGAGCGAGGAGACAGCGUGCUGCAUUAGAUGCGGUAGAAGAAGCUGCUGCGCUGCAGCUGCUGCGGUGUCUCCUUCACCCCAGCAGCAGCAUAGAGUGCGCCUUAGGGGCUGCAAUUGGUAUCAAAGCCCUGGGGCGUAAAGCUGUGCUGCUGCUGCUGCUGCCGCACAUUCCUUUGCUGCUGCACGCCUUAGAACGAGGACAGGAACUUGCAGAGACACAACGCCUAGCUAUAUCUGAGAAAGUCAUCAGAUGCCGUCCAGGCACUGCAGCAAGCGAUUUGCUGCUGCUGCAGCAGCAGGUCUUUCAGCUAAGGGAGUUGUUGUCGCAGUUGCUUCAGGAGGAGCUGCUGGACGCAGCCUUCACUGAGCUGUGUGAGCAGCUGACUGAAAAGGAGCUUCACUCGACAGAGGGACCUGCAGCUGCACUCUUCCACGUCUUUGCUGUGCUGGAGGAUGCAGAGGAUGGCCUUAAGGACGCAUACACCCCAAUUGUUGCUGCAGCACUUCGUCGAGCUGCUGCUGCUGCUGCUGCUGCUGCUGCGGUGAGGAAAGCAGCAGCCACGCUGAUGCCGCAGAGACAGCAGCAGCAGCAGCACCAGGCAGUUGCUAAGCAGCAGCAGCAGGACUUGACCAAGCAGCAACAGCAACACCAGCAGCAGCAGCAGAGACAAAGAGACGUUAAGGCUUUUGUAGAGCGAAUCGUGUUGCUGCUCACCAAGAUGCAGCAGCAGGUGCAACAGCAGCAGCAGCCACAGCAGCAGGUGCAUAGCCUGCAGCCAGAGCAGCCUUACAAACAGCAGCAGCAGGAGCAGCAACAUCAGCAGAUUUCGGAGGUUCUUUCUUUAGAAGGCCUCCCGAGGUGUCUAGGCAGCUCUUUGCUAGAAUUGGUUGUUUAG